AUGAUUGCCAAAAUGGACAAGAAGCAAUUGACCGAGAAGAUCUUGAAUCAUGCCCUGGGGAUCAUCUACCUCCUGACUGGAGAGGAAUACAUGGUUGUAAAGAAGAAUACACCACACAACAGCACACAUUUACUGACUGGAGAUGUACCAAUAAAGUGUGGUGACAUAUCCAUAUAUUUCUCUAUGGAGGAAUGGGAUUACAUAGAGGAAAACAAGAACCUUUAUAAAGAUGUGACCGUUAAUAAUGGCCAGUCCUUCAAUGAAAUGAGAAUGGAAUCCAAAAUAAGUUUAGAUGUUCAAGACGACGAAAUAGAAUGUGUGUCGAUACCUGAUGGAGUGGAGGAUACAGAAACAAGAGAAGAAGCCAGCAAAGAUUUAGACAUAGAACCAGAUGUUAUUGUU